CCAAACAUAUUCAAAUGGAUUCCUUCGAAGAACUUCAUCUCCAUGUUUCCUUCUUGUGGCCUGCUCAACGUCAAUGCCCAACCUAGUGUUCAUGUUAUCCAUCAGAGGCUUGAAGAAGAACUCAAGAAGAAUAAUGGAGCUCUGAACAAUUCUUCUUCUUCUUCUUCUUCUUCUUCUUCUUCUUCUAGUUCAUCUUCAUGUGAAUCAAAAACUGAUACUCAGGUCAUAGGCAAAAAGCGCCAGAGCCAGAUAGAAAAUCUGACAACCAAGGAGAAGGAUAUAGAUAUUUCGUUGACAAAGGAAAUGCACCAGCCAAAGAAACCACAGACUGAUCUAAAUGAGUUCCUUCAGCAGCUUGGAAUAGUGAGAGAGGAAAAGCAGUCACAAAAAGAAGGAACAGGUGAAAUUCCUACAGAAUAUAUCAGAAUCAGUGGUGGAUUCCAACAUAAGAGAUUUCGAAGAACUUGCAGCCUUCACAGAGAAGAGCUUCAACCGGGCUGCUGUAAUAGAGAUGAAUGGAAUUGGAGCAGAUCAACAAGGAACCAGUGCCAGCUUCCAUGUUCAUGAUAUUCAAGAAGAGCUAACCUGGCUUACUUCCAUUUGGAACUUGUAAAAUUAGUAAUAAAUACAUCUCUUGAUCUUCAGUAAAGUUAGGUACUAUGA